AUGUCACACCAAAACCAGCUUAUCCCACAGGCCUAUAUCUCCAAUUUUCACAACAGAUUGACCAACGAGGAUGAUAACAUCCCCAUUUUUACAAUGGCCCAGCAAACAAGGCAGCAUAAAAGAGCUAAAGUCGUCAAUUAUGCUGAAUACGACAACGAUCUUUUCGAUGAAUUCAACAUGAACGGUACCAACUUUGCCAAUACUGACACACACUAUAAGGAUAAUGUCGUUUCUCAUGAAAAUACACCCGCACUUACAAAUGGUGCGACCAUGGACGGUUCCGAAUACAAUGCCCUGGAGAAUAUAAACAACACCGAAAAUAUUCUAUCGAACCACAAAUAUGAUAUCGGGUCAAACAUGGUUGUAGAAUCUUUAUCCGGUCUAAAUAACGCCAACAAUACCAGCAACGGCCCAAAUAAUGCCAAAGCACAAGAUAUUGGAAACGCCAUUUUGCCAGAUAUCCAGGACCAACACCAUAACCCAUUCAAUAUCUUGAGGUACCCUAAGAUAAGAGACACUUUUAUUAAUGGGAGAGUGGUGUCACCAUACAGAUUGAACACAGACGAUAAAACGAAGGCAAAUGCGAACUCUGGAGAAGCAAUCAUGAUACCAAUUACUUUGGAAGUAGAGCAUAUGGGCCAUACUAUAAAGGACCAAUUUCUCUGGAACUACAACGAUGACUCAAUAACCCCGGAAGAAUUUGCCUCCAUAUAUUGUAAAGAUCUUGAUAUGACUUCUGCUACUUUGCAAACUCAAAUUGCUAAUAUAAUAAAAGAUCAAUUAAAAGAUUCAGAAAAUAUUGCAGCCACAGAGAUAAUGUCUGAUCUACAUGUAAUAAUCAAUUUGACUUGCAAUCUACAGGACAGAUUUUUUGAAGAUAAUUUCCAGUGGAACUUGAACGAUAAAUCGCUAACCCCAGAAACCUUUGCCGCUUCCAUUGUACAGGACCUUGGUUUAACAAGAGAGUUCAUUCCCUUAGUAUCUCAAUCGCUUCAUGAAACAAUCUUGAAGAUAAAAAAGGACUGGGUCGAUGGCCAUUUAAUCCAGGACCAUGUACCAAACGAUGCUGCAUUCGGUUAUCUAUCUGGUAUAAGGUUGGAUAUUGAUGAGUUGGGUUCUAAUUGGUGCCCAAGAGUAGAAAUAUUAACAAAAGAGGAAAUCCAAAAGAGAGAAAUCGAAAAAGAAAGAAACUUGAGAAGAUUAAAGAGAGAAACCGAUAGAUUAUCUAGAAGAGGCAGAAGAAGACUGGAUGAUUUAGAAACCACGAUGAGAAUGUAG